UAGCUUUACCUUCUUUCCCAGAUCAUCAUGCAGAAAUUCAGUAAGAACUAAUUUUAUUCGAAUAAACAACUCUCCACUUACAUAUAUACAUAUAAUUAAUCACAAUCAUAGUGAAAACCAAAGAAUAAACAUUGGAAAUUGUGCAAAAUGAGGUUUGACUUUACCUAAAUCCAUGCAUGAAUUUCAUGCAAAUGUACCAUCAAUUUCUUCAACGCGUGGGCCCCAGCGCCACUUGAAAUUGGGGAUUCUUUUGUCUGGUUUUAAUAUAAGUAAUUAUCACCCAAAGGCCAAAAUCAAUAUAAUUAGACAUUAAUAAAUAAACGCCAAAUAUUUUAAUUAUUUUGAAAUGAAAAUCCAUUUUGCAAAUAUUGACCAAAACGACGUCACCUCUCUACCCUACUUUGACUCUGUCUUUUACUCUUUUUAUAUAAAUCUCCCUUUAAUUCCCCCGUUAGAUAAACAGACGAAAAAAUGGCAAGAGAAAAGAGGAGGCAGGAAUUGUACGUUACUGUACCUAGCCUUUUCCGGUGCCCUAUUUCCAUGGAUUUGAUGAAUUCUCCGGUGAGUCUCUGCACCGGCGUCACAUACGAUCGGAGCUCAAUCGAGAAGUGGCUCGCCCUCGGCCACAACACCUGCCCCGCCACCAUGCAGACGCUGCUCUCCACCCACACAACCCCCAAUCUAACCCUCCGCCGCCUCAUUCAGCUCUGGCUCUCCCACGCUGACGUCACACAGGCGUCGCCUACGUCGUGUAUUUCCAAGCAGCAGGCGGCUGAGAUCGUCGUCGCCGGCGAAUUCGACGCCGACUCGCUGGAGAAGGUGAUCGGUUUCCUGACCGCUUCGAAGGAGAAUUUGAAUUUCUUCGUCGCGCAAUCGAGCGCCGCCGUUUCGAAAUUGGUGGAGGUCUUCGCGAAUUCGGAUCAAAUUCGAAUCUGUGAGCUGAUUGUCGAGAUUUUGGAUUUGAUCUCGCCGGAGAAUGGAGUGGCGGAGAGAUUGGCGGAUCUGAUUUUGCAGAGCGGCGACGGUGGAGACUGUUUAUCUUCGCUCGCCAUGGUUUUGCAGAAAGGAAACAUCAAAUCGAAGGUGAAAUCCGCGAAGAUUUUGGAGAUGAUCGCAGUAAUUAAACCCCAAUCUCACCGGAAAAUCGCAGAAAAACCAGGGCUACUGUACGAACUGUACAUUUUAUCCACCGUAGAGAUCGAUACAUCCGCAGUAGAAGCCAGCCUGUCAGCUCUAAUAGCGAUCUCAACCACCAGGCUGGUGAAGAAAGAGCUGAUCCGGUUCGGUACAGUGAGAACAAUAGGGGAAAUCCUCUCCGGUUCGGACUACUCCGCUCCGGUUCGGGGAGUCGUCGAAAAGGCACUCGCGAUGCUAGAGACCAUCGCCACGUGUACGGAGGGGAGGGGUGCGAUCUGCGAGGACGGGAAAUGUGUGGUGGAGAUUGUGAAGAGGCUGAUGAAAUGUUCCGGUGUGGCGACGGAGCACGGUAUAACUGUGCUGUGGAGCGUGUGUUGCUUGGCAAGGGAUCGUGUGGCUCAGGAGAAAGUGAGGCUGGUCAACGGAUUGACCAAGGUACUACUCGUAAUGCAGAGUGACUGUUCGGCUAACGCAAAGCAGAUGUGCGGUGAAUUGGUCAAAGUUUUGGGGGCGAAGAAUUCCAAGUCGAAUUUGGCUCCUUACGAGACGAGGACCACCCACAUUACGCCCUAUUAAUUUGACUAACAAAUUUCAUAAUUCUUUUUUUUGUCAUGAUUUUAAUUUUUUAGACGUAUAAAAAACACACAGUUUGGUAGGUAACCACAAAAGAAAUUCAUAUUUGUAAAUGUUCUAAAAAAGAAAUGAUAAUUUUUUGCAUUACAAAUC